UCAUUCUCUCAAGAUUAACUGAUAUUGUUAAUAUACAUUAAUUUGUACCAAGGAUACAAUUAUAUGGAUAAAACGCAGUGAUUGGAAUAUAAUAAUUCGCUGAUUGUUUAUAGUAAUGUUAUUAACUGAACAUACAGUGGAUAUGACUCUGGUAUUUUUGCCUGUUACAAUAAUUAUUGGGUUAUUUUCGCUUUUAGGAAUAAUAGGAAAUACUGUUGUCAUUAUCGUGUAUAACCGAAAGUACCCGACAUGCAAUUUUAAAUAUUUUGUACUGGUUUUGGCGGGAAUAGAUCUCGUAAGCUGUGCGAUUUUGAUGCCUAUGGAAAUGUACACGCUGGCUCACUGGUUCAAGUUUACAUAUUCCUGGCUAUGCAAGAUUAAAUCGUUUUUAAACGUGUUUACAGUAACGUCUUCUGCAUCAGCUCUUCUCCUUAUAGCGAUUGACAGAUUUCGGAAAGUUUGUAAACCUCAUAGCAAACAGAUCCAGCCGCAAUUAGCAAUAAAACUGACAAUCAUUAUCUUAUUUCUUUCUAUCAUCCCGGCUACUAGUGAUGCUGUAUUUUGGGGGAUACACACUCACGUGGAAGGUAACGUUACCAUAUUUAUGUGUGAAAAAGACGAUGAGUUUAAAGAUACGAUUUGGCCAAAACUCCAUGCUGUAAUACUGUAUGCUGGUGCUAACUCUGUUGUAAUGUUAUCAACAGUCGUGCUUUACAUUCUGAUAGCUGUGAAAUUAUUUUGUGUCCCUUCUGGUCCAGUUGUUUCAACCCCUCAGAUCAGGGUAGAUACAACAACUGAAGACACCGGUAUGGUAACAACUGACAAUGCAAACAAAGAAGUGAACGUCUUCAUGUUUCCGGUAGAUAUCGAAUCCGGACUAUCGGAAUCCGAGGAUAUCGAUAGUGUCGCACCAGUGAAUCAGGGAGACAUUACAGAUGAUAGCCAAGAUAGUCUUAUAGAGCAUGUGAAGGAUAACAGGGGCGGAGAUAGUCUAAAAAUGGUACAAUUAAGACAAACAUCUGAAGAAACGGAUAACUCUUUGUCAGCGAAAAAAGUACUUAGAAUAUCUAUACAGAGACUUUCAGAUUCGUGUGAUAGAAAUUCCCUACGAAUUCCUGACGUGAUUUUCCGCAAAGCUCCUAGAAGCCCUGCCCCUAAAAGUCCUGUGAGUCCAACAACACAGAAAAAGAAACGGGAAGCCUACCGCCGCCGGCGUUCUACAAUAGGAAGUCUUUCUAAACAUUCUGGAAUACGACUACGUCGUAAAACGUUAAUAAUGUUUAUAUUGACGGCGGUGUUCGUCGGCACAACCGUUUUGUAUUUUUGCCUCAUUGGUCUGAUGUCCGACGAGGACAAUCACUUUGUAAGCAAACUUACUUCAUCAGAACAGACAGCCUGGUUAUUCUUCCUCCGACUAUAUUUCAUCAACAGUGUAAUUAAUCCUAUUCUGUAUGGAUUCCUAGACCAAAGAUUUCGCAGGGCAUUAUGGAACAUGGGGGUUCGAGUCACAUUUGCUGCUGGUUCCCUCAAACGGAAUAUAGGAAUGUCGAUAAGGAGUAGGUCUAGUACAGGAAGAAAUGAAGUGACUGUAGAACAGACACGCCGGGAACCAAGAUCCAUUUUAAAAUCUAGAUCAAGUACUACAGUGUCAGAUUAAAUAAGUUAUCAGUGUCAUGAAAAUAGUGACCUUCAUAUAAUUGAUAUUAUUGCAAAAUAAUGAUGAAUAUAUCAUAACCCACCUUAAUCGGUAUAUGGGAUAAUCGAUGAAAUGUUGUCACACUUAGAAUCGAACAUUCUACAUUGAAAGUAUUUCAAACUGGACAGCUAAACAUACAUACCAUGUAACGAUAUGAAAGGUCCAUUAAGCUUUAAAUUCUAUGUUAAAACAUAUUAUUCAGCUGUUCAAAUAGACAUUAGACAUAAUUACUUUUAUUAUUGCACGUGAACUUUUACAGCUAGAUGCAUAAAGGGAGUUAAUAAAAAACUUUCUACUUAGAUAAACCAAUAUUAAAACCUCACAAACAUAUCAGAGAGAAAAUGAUAAAAAUAUAUUUUCUGUCCGGAACGGAAAAUGCUGCAUCCACAUUUAAUAUAAAGGCAUUAUGGACUUUCUAAGCCUACGGCUAGAAAAUAGUCCAACGUCAUCACUGUUUAACUUGUUUACCUUUAAUGUUCUCAGUAGAAUUAAAAUGUUAUUUAAGGUA